AUGCCAGAUGGCAUGGUUGAAAUGCUGAUGACAGGCUUCAGCUCAUCCCUCGGGACUAUUCAGGCCGCGACUCCUGCCCAAAUUUCAUGGCAUGCGAAUAAUGACAGGAAACGUGAGCCUGAUUUCUGGCCUACUUUGCCUGGGAUGGAAGAUGAGUCGAGCUCCCCUGGGCCAUUCGUGGAGGCGAGUCGCGAAUGGGAACUUCUAAGCCUUAGCCCUCUCCCUACAUCUCGCAAUUCCCAGACGAAACGCGAGACGUAA